UCUCGCUCUGUUGCGAAGAAACAAUCUGACAACGUCGCAUCAUAAUUUAUUCUCGAGUUACAAUUUUUGUAUUUGGCAACAUCUUGGUUGAAAGACUCGACUGAAAACAUGGCGUCGUUAUCAAGUUAUCUCCCGGCGCCAACGCAGUUGACGUGGGAUCGAGAUGUCGAGGAGCAAAAGGAACGUGCUAAUCGCCAAACGGCCAUCGUGGCCGCCACAAAGGCAAUCCCACCAUACGGAAAUCGCGAUUCAUGGAUGCCUCGAAAUGUUUCCGAUUUCGGAGAUGGAGGUGCUUUUCCCGAAAUUCACAUGGCCCAAUAUCCAAUGGACAUGGGUCGCAAAGACCAGGCUGGACAAAAGUCGAAUGCCUUGGCCAUCCAACUUGAUGCAGAGGGAAAGAUCAAAUAUGAUGCUAUUGCCAGGCAAGGCCAUGGGAAGGACAAGCACGUCUACUCUAAAUUCACCGAUCUCCUGCCUGCUGAAAUUACCAAUGAGGAUGAUCCCUCAUUGCACAAGCCCACAGAUGAUGAAAUUGCAGAUAUCACAGAGAAAACGAGACAAGCCCUGGAAAGAAUCACCAAUGCCAAAGUAGAAGCAGCUCUUCCAGUUCGUGCCGCAGAGAGAACUGGCCCUGCUCAAUUCAUUCGCUACACACCAGCACAGCAGGGUGAUGAAUUCAAUUCUGGUGCCAAACAACGCAUUAUCCGCAUGGUUGAAGUACAAAAAGAUCCCAUGGAACCCCCAAGGUUCAAAAUUAACCAAAAAAUCCCCCGUGGUCCACCUUCUCCUCCUGCCCCCGUGUUGCAUUCUCCCACACGUAAAGUAACUGUCAAGGAACAGCAGGAAUGGAAGAUUCCGCCUUGCAUUUCAAAUUGGAAGAACGCUAAAGGUUACACUAUUCCUCUUGACAAACGUUUGGCAGCCGAUGGUCGAGGACUUCAACAGGUUCACAUUAACGAGAAAUUCGCGAAAUUGGCCGAAUCAUUGUACAUAGCCGAUCGAAAGGCCAGAGAGUCGGUUGAACUUCGCGCCCAACUUCAAAAGAAACAAGCCCAAAAAGAAAAGGAAAAGAAGGAAGAUACUUUGCGACAGCUGGCGCAGCAAGUCCGCGAAGAGAGAGCAGGUCUGCGACCCGGUGCAGGGGCUGCUGCUGCUCGUGAAGACGACGAUGAUGCAGCGGAGCGUGACAACUUGAGACAAGAACGGCAUCGUGAGCGUCAACGUGAGCGCAACAUUGCACGCGCUGCUCCCGGCGAUAAAAAAUCCAAACUCGAUCGCCAACGCGAGCGUGACAUUAGUGAGCAGAUUGCAUUGGGGAUGCCUGCUCGAGCCUCUGCUAGUGGCGAGACCAUGUACGAUCAGCGUUUACUGAACCAAACUCGUGGAAUGGACAGUGGAUUCGCCGAUGAUGAGGCCUACAAUGUCUACGACAAACCUUGGCGUGAACAAGGAACUCUGUCCAGUAAUCUCUAUCGUCCGACCAAGAACCUCGAUCAAGAUUUGUACGGCGACGAUUUGGAUAAACUUGUCAAGACCAGCAAGUUUGUACCUGAUAAGGAAUUUAGCGGAACUGAUCGUUCUGGUCCUUCCGGCUCCCGCAGUGGUCCAGUUCAGUUUGAGAAGGAAGAGGAUCCUUUCGGCCUCGACAAGUUUUUGACGGACGUCCGCAAGGCCAGUAGCAAACGACCCACUGACGCGGAACGCUCAGACAAGGACAAGGAUAAGAGACGGCGUCGAGACUAAAUUUUGUUUUUCUUUCCGUUGACGAUUUCGCAAUUUGUUUCAUUUUACCUCACACAAAAAAAAAUCUUUUUAAAAAAACCACAAAAACAAUGAUUCCUUUUCUCCAAGACCAGAAUACAUUUCAAAUGAAAUGUC